AUGGCGAAUAGUUUAUCACUUAGAAGCAUACUUGAUGCAAACAAGUUGAUAAGCCCAAAUUUCAUUGACUGGUUUCGCAAUAUCAAGAUUCUCUUGAAAGAAGAGAAAAAGGCUUAUGUCCAAGAUGAUCCUAUUCUUGAGGAACCUAGCGAUGAUGCUACAAAUGAGGAAAAAGAGGCGUAUAUAAUUUAUAUCGAUGAUCUCGAUCAAGCCACAUAUGUGAUGUUGGCUAGUAUGGCUCCAAAUCUUCAAAAGCAACAUGAAGCUAUGAACGCUCUAGAUAUUAUCCUAAACCUUAGAGAAAUGUUCGAUAAGGAAAGUCGCACAAAGAGAUUCGACAUCUCAAGGGACUUGUUUUUAUGUAAGAUGUUUGAGGGAAGCCCAGUAAGGCCUCAUGUGCUUUAG